CACUGCCUGCCGCCGCCGCGCUGCUCCCGGACCCCGGGCAAGAGGGGGAGAGGAGGGAAGGCGAGGCAAAGCGAGACGCGGGAGAGGAGGCAGAAGACCCCUGGCAAGGGGAGGUCAGAGAGGAGGGAAGCGCGGAGAGGGGGGAAGGAGCCUCCUCCCCGCCGAGAGACGACUUCCCAUGUAGCGGGGGACAGAGGGAGAAGGCUGGCGCUCAGAAACUGUGCGAGAAGCUUUCCCAGCAAGUUACUUAAUCCCCGAGGAGCAGAGGGAGGAGGGGACAGCAGUAAUCACCGUUGCCGCUCAUAAUCACUAUCCCCAGCCCCUCACCAUUUGACCCGCGGGCGGUUCAAUGCACUAUUCCAAGCUCUUCCUAGUUUCCUCCUCGGGGUAACUUCGGAGGACGCGCCGCCGGUGUCGCCGGGAGGCGAGGAGGAGAAGAGCCUCGGAAGAAGGAAGGAGAAGUUUUGUGGGGGUUGCGUGCGGAGGAGGAGAAGAUGGGCUGGAAGCGCCGCUGCUGCUGGGGAGGCGGAGGCGGCGGGGACCUUCUCUGCCGGCUCACCCUGGUGCUGGGGUUUCUGCUGCCCGCCUGCAGGACGCGCCUGUACACCAACCACUGGGCUGUGCGGAUAGCUGGGGGGCUGCCGGAGGCCAACAGGAUAGCUAGCAAAUACGGAUACGUCAAUAUAGGACAGAUUGGAACACUGAAGGAUUACUACCACUUCUACCAUAGUAAAACAAUUAAAAGGUCAGUUCUCUCAAGUAGAGGUACCCACAGCUUCAUUUCAAUGGAACCAAAGGUGGAGUGGAUACAACAGCAGGUGGUUAAAAGAAGGAUAAAGAGGGAUUAUAAACCUGGAGGUACCCAAUCCACUUAUUUCAAUGAUCCCAAGUGGCCAAGCAUGUGGUACAUGCACUGCAGUGAUAACACUCAUCAUUGCCAAUCAGAUAUGAAUAUAGUAGGUGCUUGGAAGAGAGGUUACACUGGAAAAAAUGUUGUGGUCACCAUCUUGGAUGACGGCAUUGAAAGAAACCAUCCAGACUUGAUGCAGAAUUAUGAUUCGCAGGCCAGUUUUGAUGUCAAUGGAAAUGAUUUUGACCCUAUGCCUCGAUAUGAUGCCAGCAACGAGAACAAGCAUGGAACCCGUUGUGCUGGAGAAGUGGCAGCCACUGCAAACAACUCACACUGCACAGUGGGAAUCGCCUUUAAUGCCAAGAUUGGAGGUGUACGGAUGCUGGAUGGAGAUGUGACAGACAUGGUAGAAGCAAAGUCUCUGAGCCUGAAUCCCCAGCACAUCCACAUCUACAGUGCCAGCUGGGGGCCUGAUGACGACGGUAAGACUGUGGAUGGACCUGCUUCUCUAGCACGUCAGGCUUUUGAGAAUGGCAUCAGAAUGGGACGAAGAGGAUUAGGUUCAGUUUUUGUCUGGGCAUCUGGAAAUGGUGGAAGGAGUCGAGACCACUGCUCCUGUGAUGGCUACACCAAUAGCAUCUACACUAUCUCCAUAAGCAGCACAGCUGAAAGUGGGAAGAAGCCGUGGUACCUAGAAGAAUGUGCAUCCACACUAGCUACAACAUACAGCAGCGGAGAAUCCUACGACAGGAAAAUAAUCACCACAGACCUGAGGCAGCGUUGCACAGACAGCCAUACUGGAACCUCAGCCUCUGCACCUAUGGCUGCAGGCAUCAUUGCACUGGCACUGGAAGCAAAUCCAUUUCUGACAUGGAGAGACAUACAGCAUAUUAUUGUCAGGACUUCUCGUGCAGGACAUCUGAAUGCUAACGACUGGAAAACCAAUGCAGCUGGGUAUAAGGUGAGCCACCUCUAUGGAUUUGGACUGAUGGAUGCUGAAGCAAUGGUGAUAGAGGCAGAAAAGUGGACAACGGUCCCUCCACAGCAUGUGUGCGUGGAGAACACAGAUCGGCAAAUCAAAACAAUACGACCCGACAGCGUUGUCCGUUCAAUUUACAAAGCCACUGGCUGUUCAGAUAAUCCUAACCACCAUGUGAUCUACUUGGAGCACGUUGUUGUGCGCAUCACCAUUACUCACCCUCGACGUGGAGACUUGGCAAUUUACCUAACCUCUCCUUCCGGAACUAGGUCACAGCUCUUGGCCAACAGGCUAUUUGAUCAUUCCAUGGAAGGAUUCAAAAACUGGGAGUUUAUGACUACUCAUUGCUGGAGUGAAAAAGCAGCAGGUGACUGGAUCUUGGAAAUCUGUGACACUCCAUCUCAGCUGAGAAAUUUCAAGACCCCAGGCAAAUUGAAAGAGUGGUCCUUGGUACUCUAUGGAACAUCCAUCCAGCCAUACUCACCAAGAAAUGAUUUUCCAAAAGUGGAAAGAGUGCGUUCCAGUCCAGUUGAAGAUCCUACAGAAGAUUAUGGAACAGAUGACUAUUCAGGUCCAUGCAAUGCAGAAUGCAGUAAAGUAGGGUGUGAUGGGCCAGGACCAGAUCAUUGCACUGACUGUCUGCACUACUACUACAAAUCCAAGAACAAUACACGGAUCUGUGUUUCGACCUGCCCACCUGGUCACUACAAUGCAGACAAGAAACGCUGUAAAAAAUGCUCACCCAAUUGUGAAACCUGUGUCGGAGGCCACAGUGACCAGUGCAUGACCUGUAAAUCUGGCUACUACCUGAAUGAAGUAACCAAUAGCUGCAUUACCAACUGCCCCGAUGGGUUUUACCUGGAUAAGAAUAAGAUUGUUUGCCGAAAAUGUAGUGAAAACUGUAAGACAUGUGUUGAAUUCCAAAUCUGCACAGAAUGCAAACAUGGCCUAAGUUUGCAUGGCACCAAAUGUGCUAUCCGCUGUGAAGAUGGAAAAUACCAUAAUGGUAGGGAAUGUGAACCAUGUCACCGCUCCUGUGCAACAUGUGCAGGUGGUGGAGUAGACGCUUGUAUAAACUGCACACAGGGCUAUUUUAUGGAAGAUGGGAGAUGUGUGCAGUCCUGCAGUACUGGUUACUAUCUUGAUCACUCUACUGAAAGUGGAUACAAAAGCUGCAAAAGAUGUGAUGCCAGCUGUUUGGACUGCAGUGGUCAAGGAGACAGAAACUGUACGAUCUGUCCAAGCGGCUAUAACCUAGACUCUGGGGUCUGUGUAGUGGGAACAGUCUGCAAGGAUGAUGAAUAUCUUGAUGAAUUUCAAGAAUGUCAGCUGUGUGACACAUUCUGUGACAAGUGCACUGGACCUGAGCCCAACAACUGCAUCAGCUGCCCAAGCACAAGAUUCUUUGAUGAUGGUCGCUGUGUAAUACAAUGCCCCAGAGGAAAGUUUGAAUUCAAAAGGCAAUGUCAUUUGUGCCACCAUACCUGCCUGGACUGCAGUGGAAGUGAACCUAACAAAUGCACCGCUUGUGGAACAGAUAGACGAGGGAUGGAGCGUUUUCUGUACCAAGGGGAGUGCAAAGAGAGCUGUCCUCCAGGUCACUACCAUUCAAAGAACACCUGUGUCCCGUGCUCUGGACACUGUGAGGUUUGCCUGGACUCCAGACGCUGCAAAAAAUGUUUCAGAGGAUAUUACCUUACCCAAAAUGUAUGUCAGAAACAUAGUUGCAGAAAAGGUGAAGUGGAAGAUCCUGACUCUGAAGAUUGCAUACCUUGUUCAGAAGGAUGCCAGAACUGCCAGUUGGAUGACCCAAGAAUCUGCACAGCAUGUGUUCAGAACUACUACAUGUAUAAGCAGCGUUGCUAUAAAUACUGCCCAGAAAAUACCUACAGAGAUGAAAGUUCCCUGCAGUGUAGACAGUGUCCUAGCAACUGUGAUAGCUGUGACAAGGAUAAGUGUAACGUGUGUAAGGAAGGUUUUUAUCUCUCAGGUGACAUAUGUGUGACUGAGUGUGGAGAAGGCUUCUUCAAUGAUGACAUGUUUAGAGAAUGUGAACCUUGCCAUAGGAGCUGCAAAACCUGUGUUGGGUAUAGCUACAAGAACUGCACUGGGUGCAAAAAAGAUUUCCAGCUGUCUAAUGGAGAGUGCCUGAAUCCAAGAAAUUAUCAACCCACUGGGAAAUUCUGGGAUGAUGAAAAUAAACAGUUACAAUCUUGUGAUCCUUCAUGCAGGACCUGUGGCAAAUCUGCUAAAGUGUGUACUUCAUGUCCAGAAGGAAAUUUUCUUAUCCAUGACACGUGUGUCUCUCAGUGCCCUCAACAAACUUUUGCCAAUGUUGAAAGUGGAAAGUGUGAGAUGUGCAUGGACAAUUGUGAGGUGUGCUCCAACCUCUGGAACUGCCAGAAGUGUCAGGGUGAACAAGACCAGCCCUUCUUUCUCCACAAAGGCAGAUGCUUACAGGAAUGCCCUGAGGGAUACUUUAAUGAUUCUGGGACUUGCAAGAAAUGCAGUGAAUCCUGUAAGACAUGCGUGGGAAAUGCCAUGAAGUGUCAGUCCUGUGAAAGUCCUUUGCUUCUGGAGCAGUGGGAAUGUAAACCAACCUGUUCAGAGAGACAUUUUGCCUCUGAUGGAAUCUGUAAACACUGUCCCGAAAUGUGCCAGGACUGCAUUCACAGUGAAAUGUGCAAAGAAUGCAUGGAUGAGUUCCUCCUGCAUGAAGGGAAGUGUGUGGAGGACUGCCCUUCCCAAUUCUAUGCUGAAGACAAACACUGCUUUCCCUGCCAUAAAGACUGCAAGGAUUGUGAUGGACCAGACGCAGAUGAUUGUACUGAGUGUGCCAUCAGCUACUUUGUCCUUUACGGUGGCAUGUGUUUUCAGGCCUGUCCCGAAGGGACUUAUUAUGAAAAAGAGACAGAAGAUUGUCAAGCAUGCAAUAGGACAUGCCAGACUUGUUCGUCUUCUGCUGCCUGCCUUACUUGCAGAAAUGGCCUGAUCCUGAGCCACAACGGGCACUGUGUGGCACCUGGAUACUGUUCUCAUACUGAAUACUAUGACCAGAAAACUCAGACCUGCAAGCUUUGUCAUAAGAAAUGCUUUCGUUGCUCAGGACCAACUGAACACCAGUGUCUUGGCUGUGCAAAUAACCGCUACCUUCUCAAUACAACCUGUGUUGAAACAUGCCCAGAUGGAUAUUAUGCUGACAGUGACGAGGGAUGGUGUUCCCCAUGCCACAGUGCCUGUGCUACCUGCAAUGGAAAGCACAGCUCACAGUGCCUUUCCUGCAAACCAGGCUGGUACAGACAAGGAAAAGGAUGUGUAAACCAAUGUCCAUCAGGAUAUUUUGCACAAAACUCCACUGGAUCAUGUGAGCGAUGCCACAAGGGCUGUAAGGAGUGUAUGGGGCCUCAACAGACAGACUGCCUUUACUGUGAUACAUAUUUCUACCUGUUGCGCUCCAAGAACCAAUGUGUUAGCUCUUGUCCUGAAUAUUACUAUGAAAACAAGGUUGACAAUGUCUGUGAAAGAUGCCACCCAUUCUGUCGAACUUGUGAAGGGAAGGAAGCAUUCAGCUGCACAUCUUGUGUGUGGAGCUACAGUUUGUUAGGUGGAAUGUGCAACUCAGACUGUUUUGUAGGUAGCUACAAAGUCGAAGAUGUGUCAGGACAAGAGGAGGAUAACCCCAAGUGUGAGAGCUGUGACAGCACAUGCACAGAGUGCAAGGGACCCGGGCCUCUCAACUGCACCGUCUGCCCAGCCGGCGCGCAGCUCUACCUCGAGGAAGGCCGCUGCCUGCCCUGCUGCAGGGACCCUGACCCAGAACCCAUCCUGGAGUGCUGUGACUGCAGUGAAACGCAAGAUGAUUGUGUAUUGCGGACCACUCAACCACCUGCAAGCAAAAGCAAAACCUCUUUCUUUGUCAUUACCUCAAUUUUGCUUCUUCUUGUCAUUGGAGCCAUUGUAGUCAUCUGGAGAAAAUCAAAAUCCAAAAGACAUGCUGUCGAGAAAGGUGGGUAUGAGAAGCUGACAAAUCACUCCAAAGUCCUUCCUUCCUACAUGAGCAACUACCGCGAGACCACGAGCUAUCAGGAAGAUCAAGUGAUUGAGUACAGGGAUCGAGAUGUUGAAGAUGAUGAUGAAGAUGAUAUCGUAUAUAUGGGCCAGGAUGGCACAGUGUAUCAUAGAUAUCGAUAUGGACUUUUGGAGGACGAUGAAGAAGAUGAGCUUGAAUAUGAUGAUGAAAGUUAUUCAUUUAGAUAACUCUCUACUAACUUAGAGUUUUUCUGCUCUGCUCUUCUGCUUUUCCUAUUAAAUUACAGCAUUCUAGUUAAGUAUGUUUAGUUACUUCUUUUCAUGCUGAUCUUAAGACUGUAGCUUACAAUUAUUGUGAGAGCAGAGUGAUUUCUAAAAACAUUUUUUCCUGAAGCUUUACAGAAAUCCUUGUUAGGCUUUUAAGUAACACUCCAGAUGUAGGCUGGUGAGGAGAUUACAUUUAUGUGCAUUUGCAUGGACAGCAAAUCCUUUCCUGAUGUGUAUGUGUGUGCAUCACAACAAACACAAACAUCUAUCCAAACUGUGCAUACACACUUUCUGCGAACUUUGCCACUCUCUACUAAAAAUGUGCAGAUAUAAAUAAGAUAGUUUUAUUUAACAACAUGACAAAUGUCACUGUGGUAGGGUGCCAGUAGUUUACUACAUUGUGAUUAUAGUUGUGUAGCAAUUUGUAAUAGCAUAUGCAAGUUUCCUGAUUUUAGCCAGAUUCUCUUCACUGAUAUCAUCUGGUACAUCUGCACUGCUCAAAGCCAACACAUUUCUCCUAAUAAUCUUGGAACAUACUUCCCAGUGAAAUUGUGCAUCUAUAACAUGAUUUUUAAGACCUGCAAUUGUGACUACUACAGGUAACUUCACUGCAGCCCCAGUUUGUAUGAGAAGGAAAAAAAAAAAAAAAAAAAAAAAAAAAAAAAAAAAAAAAAAAACACUAAAAUACUUUAUAUAUCAACCUCUGAUUAAUCCUUAUUAGAGCAUUUGUUAAAUAAUCUUUUAUUGUACACGCGGGCUUCUUGGUUUACUGCAAAGGGAAAUAUUGUCUAUAAGCACAGACAAAAUAGGAUUCCUUCUGUCUUUCAACUACCUUCUCAGCUACAAGAGAUUUAAACUGUUUAUUCAAGCAACUUUUCCAUUUCUGCCGUAAAUGCCUCAAGGAUGGUCAAACGAUGUCAAAGGGGAUAAUUUGUACUUAUUUAGAAAUGUAAUUUAAAGGAACACAGCAAUGUGAUUUUUUUUUCAAUCACUACAGAAAUGCAAUGCAUUGUACUAAAGAAAAGGAUGCUUUUCAUGGCCCUUUACUGUGAAAGAAUAAAUUAUUUGCACAAAA